AUGUACGUGGACGAUCUACUAAGCGGCGGUUCGACAGUGGAGCAAGCUACGAGACGCAAAGAAAUUUCCCGAGAAAUUUUACAGGACGCUACAUUUGAAUUUCAUAAGUGGAGCUCCAAUGUACCGCAGUUGGAAGUUGACGAGGUUCACGAGGUUCAUCAAGUAUCUGAAUUUUCUGACGAACAGUCUUAUGCAAAGACACAGCUGAUGGUGAAACCCAAAGAAUCGAAAGUGCUCGGUCUGAAAUGUGACAAACAAAGUGACACAUUGAAGAUUUCAUUCCCAAGCGAAGAAGUACCUGCGACGAAGCGAGGUAUCUUAAGUGAACUGGCAAAGAUCUAUGACCCUCUAGGGUUGGUUUCACCGCUGACCUUGGAGGGGAAACUCCUAUUCCGCGACGUGUGCGAUGCAAAACUCCCGUGGGAUGUUGAGAUUAAUAACGAACAGUUGAAACGUUGGCGAACCUGGGAACAAUCCUUACCCUUGGAGGAAGAAGUGCCGAGAUCUGUUGCGAGAUACCAGGAACCAAUUGAUGAGAUUGUAUCGCAUUCCUCGGUGAUGCGUCUACAAAAGGUGUAGGGACAGCAGUUUACGCAGUGGUUAGACAGCAGUCGGGAACUACACAGCAGUUGGUGGCAGCAAAGAGUCGGCUAGCAAAGAGAAAUUUGUCGGUUCCACGUCUGGAACUGGUCGGGGCUCACAUGGCGACAAAUCUUCUAGUGAAUGUUCGUGACGCCCUACCAAAAGAACCGCAACCGUUGAUGUUCGCAUGGCUUGACAGCACAGUGGCUCUGCACUGGAUAGUUGGGUUCGAGCGCCUCAUCGGGGUAGUCAAGUCAGCCAUGUACAAGGUGUUCGGGGGAGGUCAUCUCACUUGGGACGAACUAAGCGAGGUUCUGCUCGACAUUGAAAUUCAAAUCAAUCGCCGACCACUGUCGUAUGUUGAGGACGACAUCCAGUUACCAACCCUCACCCCAGCUACGUUCCUCCAUCAACGCACGUGCCAACUCCCUAUGGAAGAACCAUGGCGAAUCGAAGAACGAGAACUGAGAAAACGAGCAAAAUAUCUAAUCGAAUGUAAGAACAAGCUGUGGCGGCGUUGGAGAAAAGAAUACCUGGUAGCCUUACGGGAAAGACACAACAUGACCCACAAGAGAAGCAAGUUCCAACCUAAGCCUGGAGACGUUGUGUUGAUACAGACCGAAAGCAAGAAUCGAGGUACGUGGCCUCUAGGAAUCGUAGAAGAAACCUACCCUGGAAAGGAUAACGUGAUACGGGGAGUACGUCUGAAGACUCCAAACGGAACCUUGGAAAGAGCCGUGCAGCUGCUUUUUCCGUUAGAACUGAGCUGUGAUGUCGUACCGGAAGUGCCAAUUCUGAACCCGGAUGCGGUAGAAUUCGAGCCACGCCCUCGGCGAGACGCGGCGACUGCAGCGAAACUCCGUAUUGAACAGAUCGAAGCAGCGGAUGAUGAGUAG